AAGCUCCAGAACAUGUCAAGAGCCAAAGUAUUCUGUUUAUCAUUGUUAUUCAGCAGAGCUUCCACUUCCCCACAAUAUUCCAAGGUUUCCCAAGAUGAGUUCCAUUAAGAUUGAAUUUGCAGUUAAAAUGCGAAGGGGAGACCUGGAGCAGGCCAAGACUUUGGAGGCCGCACUAACCGGUCUCGGUGAAAUCGAAAUAGACCCUCAACAGGGGCGUGUGAUCAUCCAGACCCAACGACCUUGGUCAGAGGUGCACGACAAAAUCGAAGCCACUGGAUUCAAUGCCGUCCUCUCCGGAUUUGGCGGCCAAUCGGCCGUGGCUCUUAUCAACACCACAGGCAGCGUUGUGGACAAAACUCCUGUCCAGGGAGUGGUGCGUUUCACGACUAUCACAGCGAAGGAGCCUGGUGCAGUAGUCGAUGGUGUAGUUGAUGGACUGGCGCCCGGAUUGCACGGGUUUCACAUCCACGAGUGCGGAGACACUUCCGCUGGCUGCGCUUCGGUUGGUGCCCACUACAACCCGCGACAAUCGCCCCACGGAAGUCCCACAGGUGGGGCCACGGAACGUCAUGCUGGUGAUUUGGGUAACAUAAGGGCUGACGAGAGCGGUAGAGCCACAUUCCGAUUCGUAGACCCCAUUCUGGAGGUCUGGGACAUCAUUGGCAGGUCUGUGGUCAUAACGUCUAGUCCAGACGAUCUGGGGCAAGGGGGCAACGAUCAAAGUCUAGUCGACGGCAACUCCGGAGACAGAAUUGCGUGUGGAAUCAUCGCACGAUCGGCCGGUAUCCUGGAAAACUUUAAAAGAAUCUGUGCCUGCGAUGGGGUUACGCUCUGGGAUGAACGGAACACGCCAGCAGCUGGGAAGGAACGCUCUCAAAAACGUUCUCUAUUGUAGUUUGUUUCUGUUAAUAAAUGUAAAUUAUUCCCUGA